AAGAAAAGAAAUUUGGACACACUUGUUCAAGAGGCAUUGAAGAAACAAAGAGUUUUUGAAAACAAGAAGACUACUCAGCCCAAUGAUACACCUUCUCAAAAUGGUGGUAAACCACUUGAAAAUUCUAUGAAAUUAUUUUAUAAGGAAUUUCGUAAGGUUGUAGAUAAAGCUGACGUGAUAUUGGAAGUUCUAGAUGCCAGAGAUCCGUUAGGUAGUAGGUGUCAUGAAGUGGAACAGUCUGUUUUAUCAUCUGGUACCAAUAAAAAACUGGCCCUACUGCUAAACAAAAUAGAUUUAGUACCAAGAGAGAAUGUAGAAGCCUGGCUGAAGUAUUUACGCAAUGAGUUUCCGACACUACCAAUUAAGGCUUCAACACAGUCACAAAUGGAUAAUCUGUCACAAUCUAAACUAGAUAUUAGUAGUAUUAGUGAUGAACUCUACAGAUCCAGUCAUUGUCUUGGAGCUGCGAAGUUGAUGAAUUUAUUACGAAAUUAUUGUAGAUCUGAAGGCUUUAAAAUGGCUAUCAAUGUAGGAGUCGUUGGUUUCCCAAAUACUGGUAAAAGUAGCAUUAUAAACAGUUUAAAAAGAUGUAAAUCGUGUAAUGUUGGAGCUACACCUGGUGUUACAAGAAUGAUGCAAGAAGUUCAGUUAGAUAAACAUAUAAAAUUACUAGACAGUCCUGGUGUAGUAAUGGCUCAAGGCAAAUCAGAUGUAGCCCAGAUUCUUAGAAAUGUUGUCAAAAUAGAUACUUUGCCAGAUUCAAUUGAAGCCGUAGAUGCUAUAGUUAACAGGUGUAAUAAAGAACAAUUGAUGCUACAUUAUAAUAUUGUGGAUUACCAAGAUGUACGAGAGUUUCUGGCCCUACUAGCUAUCAGAUUGGGUAAAUUGAACAAAGGGGGAAUACCCAAUGUUAAUAAAGCUGCAAGAAUUGUACUUCAAGACUGGGUCAGUGGUAAAAUAACAUAUUAUACUCAUCCACCAGAGCAAAGUGAUGUACCAGCCUAUGUCAGUGCUGAAAUAGUUACUACCAUGUCCAAGGCGUUUGAUAUAGAAAGUAUUAAACCUCAAGAAAUUCAAGUUCUAGAUACAUUAAAGAAGAAGUCUUGUAAACACUUUUUGGUUGAUAGUGUUGGUCCAAUACCAACUUUAACACAGGAGCCUCUAUCAGAAGACGAACUCAUGUCAGAUGAUGAUGGGAAUGACGAAAAUAUAAUGAUUGAUAAUGAUGAAGUUGAAGCUAUGGAUGAAGAAGCAGAUGGAAAAAUUGAGCUGAGUAACACGACUAUUAUCUAA